ACGUCAAAUUGACAAAGUGGUCUCGUUUUUCGUUUACAAAUUUCAUUUUGUGUCGUUUGAAAUUCCAGCGUCGAAACAUUGACCGCGAGCUUCCGUUCCAUCUUCAGGACACAGGGGAAACGGUUCACGUCCAGUCGUACAACUACUACAACGAAAAUUGGGACACGUUCGAAUUAGAUUCACCUACCUAUAGAGUCUGCAAUCGGUUAUCCAGCGAAGAUUCGGAAGAAGAGCCACUGCUGCCAUUCUCCUCCGAUUCCAGACUCAGGGGUGGUCGGUCAUCCCACUCAAACAGCAAAUUCUCCUACAGAAGUUACAACAUAGCAACUGCCAAAGCUUUUCCCACUCAAACCCCGCCACCGGUAAACCGUAGAUAUCCGAAGGACGUGGAAGAUUUCACACCUACCAGAGCCCCAGGUUAUCCGAUGACUCAGUCGACAUUGACUUUGACCGAAAAUAUCACAGCCGCAUCAUCAGACAGCGCGUUGAGCGAAUCUACUUGUUUCGCCUUAUUCGGAGGACCUCGUCCUGGCGGACUAGUAUCGCUGGCGCCGCCGCCAGAAGUACAUUACAAACCUGACACGGCUGUCGAUCGUGUUGACGACAUUGAAGAACCGGAACCAUCCCGCAGCCUAAUGGAAAGUACACCUAAAGAAAUAGAAAGCUCCGAAAGGACACCGUCCGUUGUCCACAGCGCGUUGGAGCAAGCACUGAUGGCCGCAUUAGAAUCGGUGCCGAAACGUAGGAUCUCGACGGAAAACAACGGACAAUUUAGACCGAGACACAGUUUGCAGCCUUUGGAGGUUCCGGCAGUGGAGAAAAGACCGCAGACUACGAACCUGAAUCAGUUGCUGUACAAGGACGAGAAAACCGAGAUCUCGCUGGUUCAAAACCUGGACCCUGACAAAACAUCGUGUCAGAGGUCGUCGCUGCUAAGACCUGCCACAGCUAAGCGCGAGUCGCCGACUAUUAAACUGCAGGUGUCGCUUCAGAACACGCUCAUAAGCGAAGAGCAACCGUUAGAACAAUUAGACAAGGACGCCGCGUUGGAUAUCUUGCCGGCUCAGUCGCCCAAAAGCAUGGACAAACUGGUAACCACACGGGACACGUUUCCCCUGCACAAAAAUUGCUGGGUUCAUGACGGUAGGCUGGGCAAGAUCAUCCUGGCUAGCGAUAAAAUCCAGCAAACUUCCGACAACGACUUCUACCGUUCGUCCAAUAAUACCGUUAGGUUCGGACCCAAGCCUUUCACCCCGGAAAGUAAGUCGAUCGUUUCCACCCCAAGGUAUUCCACGUCGUCAUCUUUGAAAUCAAAACCGCCACCUGAUGAAGGUUUGUCGUCGGAUAUGCCGGAAAGAGAAGCCGAGAUUACCGACCCUAGUUGUUGCAAAUGCGUGCAUUACAAGGCAAUGGAGGCUCAUAAACCCCAACGAGAUAGAAACCAAGUAGACCAUAUACACGAUUGCAAACAUGCCUGUUGCAAAUGCCCAAAACAUGUGGAAAUGUAUCACGAGCCGGUUGAUUACGUCACCAGCGUUCCUCGAACUUCUUCCGAUUACACGUUACCCGAUAUCCCGGGACACGUCAAAUAUCCAGAAUUUUUACCCCCUCCGCCGCCAGUUCCUCCACCACACCCCAGGAUGUAUUCACCUAGACGAAAAGAGGUGCGUCAAUGCUACGACAAAUGCGGGUGUUGCUACAAACACGGUAUAGCGGAACCUGAUUCGGACUAUACCCACGAAGACUAUGAGGAAAUCCGUAGGCCUAGCAUGACGGACCUACCGUAUCAGAAUAACGACGAGUAUUUGGACUUGGUAGAGGAACUCCAGGAGACGCUACACUCGCGCAAUCGGAACAGAGUGAAGAAGGCAAUGGAGGAGUUUGAAAACAGGAGCAGGCAUAACAGGCCCCUGGAAAGGCCUAUAAUCGAUUAUGAGGAAAGCAGCGAGAGCGAAGAACCGAUCAUAAGGAAAAUCACAGAGCUGAGAGGUGAUAAGGGGAAGUGCUGCGCGGGAGAUCAAUGUCGGUGCAAGGAAAGAGGUAUUCGCAAAACGAGGAAGAGGAGCACCAGUAGGGAACGCAAAAUGAGUGUUAGGGGGCCGGAAAAGCCGUCCCAUUGGACAAUGAACCCGACUUCAGGCGAAUGGUUCCGAUCAAGUAGGUGUCCGAUGCCACUCGGGAUGUCCCGGGCUCCAAGGGCUUAUGAAGCUUCGAACCAGUGCAAUUGUCAAUGUGAGCGAUAUCCCAAGUAAAAUUUGUUUAGUU